AACUCGUCUCUCCCGUCCAAGGUGAAGGUGGCGCUCCUGCAGCUCCCCGUCGGAGAGGAUAAGUCGCUGAACAUCGCGAACGCGCGCGCCGCCAUCGAGGACGCCGCGCGAGAGGGCGCCGCGCUCGUGGUCCUCCCCGAGAUGUGGAACUGCCCGUACAGCAACGACUCGUUCCCUUCCUACGCGGAGAUCAUCGGACCCGCGCCCGGUCGCUGGACCGGCGGCGGUGGAACCCUCGCGAAGGAGGAUGACGAAGACGGGGACGAAAAGUCGGCACCCGGGGACGGGGUCGGAUCCGACGCGGCGUCGGUGGCGAUGCUCUCGAACGCGGCGGCGAGGCUCGGCGUCGUCGUCGUCGGCGGCAGCGUCCCGGAGCGGUGCGCCGACACCGGCGCGCUUUACAACACCUGCUGCGUGUUCGACUCCGACGGGUGCCUGCUCGGUAAGCACAGGAAGACGCACCUCUUCGACGUGGACAUCCCCGGGGAGAUAUCGUUCAAGGAGAGCGACGUGCUGAGCCCGGGAACGGAGCUCACCGUCGUGGACACCGCGGUGGGCCGACUCGGGAUCGGGAUCUGCUUCGACGUCAGGUUCCCCGAGCUCGCGAUGGCGUGCGCGAACAGGGGAGCGCAGAUCAUGGUGUACCCCGGGGCGUUCAACACGGUCACGGGGCCGCUGCACUGGGAGCUGCUGCAGCGCGCGAGGGCUGUGGAUAAUCAGAUGUUCGUGCUGACGUGUUCGCCGAGUCGCGUGCCGGGCGCGGGAUACCAGGCGUGGGGGCACAGCACGGCGGUGGGACCGUGGGCGGAAGUGAUCGCGACGACGGACGAAAAGCCCGGGACGGUGCACUGCGAGCUGGACAUGGAGCAGAUCCGCGUCAGGCGGAGGAACAUGCCCCUCGAGAAGCAGCGGCGCGGGGACGUGUACGAACUUCGCGACCUCGGCGCCUGA